GAAGAAAUUAACACAUCAGCAGUCCAAAUAAGAAGAUUUUCAUCAAAAGAUAAGGUCACCUUCCUUCUCUCACCUUCACACUACUCACUGAGUCACCACGAGUUGUGUCUAGUGACGCUGCACCUAUGGCCUCCCUCCAAAACUCCCCCUCAAUCAAUUACACCCUCUUUCUCAACUCUUUUCCUCAGUUGCAGAAGCACAACGGUGCUUUUUCUUGCUGCAGAAGGCGGUUUUCACUUCUCGUCAGGGCCCAGCAAGCACCUUCAUCUUUGACUGUGUCUUCUUCUCAAGAUAGACCUGGGAGACGCCAUAUUAUUGCAGCAGGCAUUUUCGCUUCUUGGGUUUCACUGGUUAAUCAAAACUCUGUAUUUGCUGCAGAAAAUAAAAAGGGAUUUCUGCCUGUCACAGACAAGAAAGACGGAUACACUUUCCUAUAUCCAUUUGGGUGGCAGGAAGUAAUUAUAGAUGGUCAAGACAAGGUAUUUAAAGAUGUCAUUGAGCCUUUAGAAAAUGUUAGUGUAAAUUUACUUCCAACAAGCAAGCAGGACAUUCGAGACUUUGGGCCUCCUGAACAGGUUGCAGAAACUUUAAUUAAAAAGGUUCUUGCUCCUCCCAACCAGAAAACAAAGCUAAUUGAGGCAAAAGAGCAAGACGUUGAUGGGAAGGCAUAUUACACUUUCGAGUUCAUUGCGAAAGCUCCAAACUAUACUCGCCAUGCUCUCAGCACAAUCUCCAUCGCCAAUGGUAAAUUCUACACUUUAACGACUGGGGCCAAUGAAAGGAGGUGGGAGAAGAUGAAAGACAAAUUGCAUACUGUGAUCGAUUCUUUCAAGAUCUCAAAUGUUUAAUAUGGGUUUGAGUUUGACCACUUCUUCCAAAUCCAAAAAAGGAAGAACGGAGUUUUGAAUUGUGAACAGCAAAUUUUAAUUUUUCUGAUCUGUCCCUUCACCUUUUUACUCUGCUUGUUCUUUUUCUUCUUCCCCAUUGUAGAUGAAAUAUAAAGGUAAAGGAAAGCAUUUUCGCCUUUGCUAAAUUAUAUAUGAAGGGUUAUGAACUAUGUAUUUGUUAUAAGUUAUAAUUUGCAUUGAGAACAAAAA